UGUUGCUACUAUUGAAGGUCAAUACAAAAAAUGUUUUUUCAUUUGUUUUAUCCACUACUCUUCCUGAAAUUGGGAUUUUGCUCAGAAGAAUUUAAGUUUGAGGUAAAAACCGUAACUGCUGGACAAAAUGUCACCCUGACAUGCCCUCGCCAGACCUCUGCUCACUACAAAGAAAAUUUAUACUGGAUCCGCCUCGUUUCUGGAAACCUGCCUCAAUUUCUUGGAGUAUUAUUUAACUUUAUGGAUGUUUCCAAGAUUCCUCGCAUUCAGACAAAACAAAAUGGAGAACAAUUUCUUCUUCAUAUAAAUGAGGCUCAGCAAAAUGACACUGGACUUUACUAUUGUAUUAAAGUCAGACAACUGGAUUUCAUAUUUAUCAGUGGAACAUUUGUUAAAAUUAAAGGAGAGGAAUCAGAUGUAAAUGUUGUGCUUCAGAAGCAGCCAUCUGCAACAGUUCAUCCAGAAAAUCCAGGGACUUUACAGUGUUCGGUUCUCUCUAAAUCAGAGUGGUCAACAUGUCCAGCUGAUAACAGGGUGUACUGGUUCAGAGCUGGAUCAGAUGAUUCUCAUCCUAACUUUCUUUAUCUACAAGGAAUGAGUCAAGCUGAAUGUGAGAGGAGUCCUGGGGUUCCCUCUGCACAGACAUGUUUCUACAACUUUUCUGAUAUCUCUGAUGCUGGGACCUUUUACUGUGCUGUGGCUGCAUGUGGUCAGAUAUUAUUUGGAAAUGGAGCAAAAAUAACGGGCAUCCGGAGUAUGUUUGCAAACAACAAAUAUUAUUUAAAGGUUAGAGAAUUAUAA